AUUAAUAUAGAGGGGGACCAUAUUUAGUUCAUAUCACCAAUGAACCUAUAUAUAUAUAUAGCACACUAAUUUCGUUAGCUAAUAUACUUGUAUUCACACAAGGAGCAAUAGGAAAUUAUCGAAUUUCAAUAGAAAAAAAUGGUUCAAAACAAGGAUGGAAGUGUUGCAGUAGCUUCUGCUUUUGCUGGCCACAAGCAAGCAAUCAAGGAUAGAGACCAUAAAUUUUUAAGAAAAGCAGUUGAAGAAGCCUAUAAAGGUGUAGAAUGUGAAGAUGGAGGUCCAUUUGGUGCUGUUAUAGUUUUGAAUGAUGAAGUUAUUGCUAGUUGUCAUAACAUGGUUCUAAGGAACACUGACCCUUCUGCUCAUGCUGAAGUCACAGCAAUAAGAGAGGCUUGUAAGAAGUUGAAGCAGAUUGAACUUUCUGAAUGUGAAAUAUAUGCUUCUUGUGAGCCAUGCCCAAUGUGCUUUGGUGCUAUCCACCUUUCACGUGUUAAGAGGUUGGUUUAUGGAGCAAAAGCUGAGGCAGCAAUUGCAAUUGGUUUUGAUGAUUUUAUAGCUGAUGCAUUGAGAGGUACUGGAUUUUAUCAGAAAGCACAAUUGGAGAUUAAAAGAGCUGAUGGCAAUGAAGCCAUCAUUGCUGAAGAAGUGUUUGAGAAAACAAAGGAAAAAUUUCGAAUGUAUUAAUCAAGUGUCUUUCUUCCUAAGUCAUUGUUAUUUAACUGCCAAUGAUAAUUAGCUUUGUAUAUAAAUAAGCUCGUUAUCAUCAUGUGUAAGUAUUGUUUGUGGAGGAUCAAAAUGCAAGUUAUAGAGUAAUAAAUAUUUAAUGUAAGAUUGUAUUAAAUCCUUGUACUGUAUAUUUCUAAUAGCCUGUUUAAUUUUUAAGGAGGAAAUUUUUAAUAGUUGAAUCAUAGAA